AUGGCCGCUCACCGCUUCCAAGAUCACGUCGUCCUCAUCACAGGCGGCGCAAACGCAUCAGGUAUAGGCGCGGUGACAGCAUCUCUCUUCCUCGCAGAAGGCGCCAAAGUCUUCAUCGCUGACCUCGAGGAGCGUGACAUUGCUUCAUAUCUUGGUUCCAAGAAUGUCGGCUUCUGCAAAUGCGACGUCUCGUCGCCAGAGGAAUGUGAGGCCGCCGUCCAAGCCUGUGUGGAGAUCCAUGGCCGCAUCGACAUCCUUUUCCACAAUGCCGGGAUGCUCUGUCCACCGGCCCAUGUUCCGAACCAGGACGUCGGGGUGUUCCAGAAAGUCCUACUCACGAACCUCGGCGGUCUGUUCUAUCUUUCCAAGGUCGUCAUCCCGUAUAUGCAGAAGCAAGGCAAGGGGUCCAUCAUCGCCACGGCCAGCACAUCUGGUUUGAGCGGUGCCAUGUCAAUCAGCCCGUAUGCAGCGUCAAAGGCGGCAGUCAUCAACCUCGUCCAGACUAUAGCGCUUGACCAUGCAAAAGAUGGCAUCCGUGUCAACGCGGUCGCUCCAGGCUUGAUCGACACGCCGAUGACAGCGGGUUUCUCGCAGAUGCCUGCGCUCCGAGACGACAUGCUCAGCAAUAUCCCGAUGGGCAGGGCUGGGAAGCCAGAGGAGGUCGGAAAGGCCGUGCUGUUCCUCGCGAGUGAAGACGCUUCGUUCAUCACUGGUCAUGUUCUGCGAGUGGACGGUGGGACAUCUGCUGACUGCUCUGGCUCUCCCGAUGUCGUUAAACAUUUGGCCGCGAUGCAAAGACAGCGCUGA